GGCGGGCGCUAUCGGGCGUGGUUUAGGACUCCGCGCGGCCUCCCCGCGGCGGGGCGACUCCCCAGUCCGACUGCGGGACCGCGGGCUGCCACAGUUCGGUCACCCGGCGCCAGCCAGCCACUCCGCUCCGCUCGGCCCCCAGCGACGCGCGCCGGCCAUGACGGGCGCACUGUUCAAGGCGAAUUUCUGGAACUCAGACAUCCUCAGCACCGCGGGCUACGACUGUAUCAUCCAGCACCUGAACAACGGCCGCAAGAACUGCAAAGAGUUUGAAGACUUUUUGAAAGAGAGGGCAUCAAUUGAAGAGAAAUAUGGCAAAGACCUUCUCAACCUCUCCAGGAAGAAGCCAUGUGGACAGUCGGAGAUCAACACCCUGAAGCGGGCCCUGGAAGUCUUCAAGCAGCAGGUAGACAGUGUGGCCCAAUGUCACAUUCAGCUUGCCCAGACUCUAAGAGAAGAGGCCAGGAAGAUGGAAGAAUUCAGGGAAAAGCAAAAGCUACAACGGAAAAAGACAGAGCUUUUAAUGGAUGCUGCCCAUAAACAAAAGAGCUUACAAUUCAAGAAAACCAUGGAUGCAAAGAAGAUCUACGAGCAGAAAUGCCGAGACAAAGACGAAGCAGAGCAGGCUGUCCACCGGAGUGCCAACGUGGUAAACCCGAAGCAACAAGAAAAGCUUUUUGUGAAACUGGCAACUUUGAAGACCGCAGUAGAAGACUCGGACAAGACGUACAUGAUGCACAUCAGCGCCCUGGACAAGAUCCGCGAAGGCUGGCAGAGCGAGCACAUCAAGGCCUGCGAGAUGUUUGAAGCUCAAGAAUGUGAACGAAUAAACUUCUUUCGGAAUGCACUGUGGUUACACAUGAAUCAGCUGUCCCAACAAUGUGUCACAAGCGAUGUUAUGUAUGAAGAAGUCCGUAAGAGCUUGGAAGCGUGCAGCAUUGAGAAGGACAUUGCAUUUUUUGUGAACCACCGAAAAACUGGACAAACCCCACCAGCACCCAUCAUGUAUGAGAAUUUCUACUGCCCCCAGAAGAAUACAGCCUCACAGGGAAAGGCCCCGGGACCUAACCUAGCAAGGAGAGGACCUCUCCCAGUUCCUAAAAGUUUACCAGAUAAUCCUGACUAUUCCUUGGUUGAGGACUACAGUCUGAUCUACCAGUAACAUCAUUGAGCACAACUCCUUUCCCGGCUGGUGCUUCGAUGGCAUGGGAGGAAGCACUCAGAGCAGGAGCGUCUCUAGCCAAGCUAUGUCAGUCAUGAAACUUUGAAGUGAGACCUUGCUGUCAUGUUCUGGUAUUUUAUAUUGAUGAUAGACAUUUAGAUCAACUGAAGUUAGGGAAGUUCUGAAAUUUUUUAAAUAAGUUUACACAGUGCCCCAGACUGAAGAAUUACCCUUUUCCUCUCAGUUACCAACAUUGUGAAUGAAUUGUGUUAUCUCCUUGAUCCCGGAAAAUCUCUGGGUUUGGAGCCUUGACUCUUCUUGUGGGGGGAAAGGUGGCUGCAGAGGGGUCCGCGCCAUCAGCCUGUAGGCGCGUCUUUGGCUUUGGGGGCAGCAUGGCUGUGGAAUGUUCCACAGCAGGACGCGCCCUCAGUGGUGCGGAAUUAUAAAUCCCCUUCCUUUUUUGGCUGGAGGACUGAGAGGGCAUUGAUUAUACUUUCUCAUUUUACAGAUCAGGAAAUGAGGCCCAGAAGUGUGAAAUCCAUUUCCUUACUGAUCAGGGACAGAACCAAAACCAGAGUGUGAGCUCAUCCCACAUCACCGUUUGUCCUAAUCUUUCGUGAGGCUAUGGUGCUCGUGUUGAAAUUUCAGUUGCCAAAUGUUUUUGCCAGUGUCCUUUCAAUUGGGAAAAUUACCAGGGUUUAAAUGUCAGAUUUAUUUUUAUAUGACUCACUGUGUGUGCUGAAGUACAGAGCACCAUAUUUAAUUUAGUCUAAGAAGGUGUUUCUAAAGCAUGCCAUUAUUUUAUAUACCCCUGAGAAAGUUAGGUGGGGGACUUGACCGUUAACUUGUGACAGUUACCGGCCAAGCCCGUUUGAAUUUGAUUUGUGAAAGUGUGGGGGAAAAAAAGUACAUCCUAAAAUCCGUGUAACAAGAUAUUUUGACUCCAUUCCUAAAAGGAAUUCUAGAGCUCCAAAGCCAGUCCUCCAUCCUGGGUCUUCUUCACAGAGAAUCUUUCCCUUGCUAGAUUCUGAAAUUUUUUAAAAAGUGUUGAUCUUACCCUUUCACAGGUAUUUGAGUCUUUCUUUUGUUACCCACAAACAGUAGGGAGACUACAUCCCUUUUGUAUAAUAUCCACACUCCACAAGAAAACAACACACUGUAGUUAAUAACAAAUUAAACUAGCACUGGUACUUAUUUGGUAUGUUGUAAAAUUCUGUUGGCACAAAGAGCACAUAUUUUCUUCUCCUGCCCAUGUAACAGAUUUCUCAGAACUAUGCAUAAAUUGAUUGAAACAAGAUUAUUUCCCCCCAUUUAAUGUAAGGUGUUACUGAAAGUGGCAGCUUCUUCUCAUGACAGGAAACUUGCAUCAGUUGGAUAUCCUUUUGAGAAACUGGUUUGCAAAGGGCAAUUGACUUCCCUAAAUUGAGCAGGCUCAGGAAAUUUUCCUUCGAACUCAGAACAUUCUGUUUUUAAGUAUUUUAUUUAUUGUUGGCAAUUCCUCAGGGAUUUCACUUUUCUCUCUAUUGGUCAGUGUCAUUGAUGUAAAAGUUUCAUGAAUUGAAAAUACUUUAAUUUUAUGGCUUUUUCAGUUUGAUAUGAAGUAAAAUAAAGGUUCCUGGUGAUUUGGGAUUUAUUUUGCAUAUUUGUGAUCCUUGCGGCAAAGUCACUUCCUUGGGGAGGCACCGUCCCCGCCUCCAGACAAGAUUGGAUCCCAUUGCUGUGUCCUGUUUCUCUCCCAGAUUUUCCUUGAUAGGACGUGAUUCACUCUUGAAAUUAAUUGCUUAAAGUCUGGCUUCCCUCCUAGACAGUCACCUUCAC